CCGCCUGGGCGCCAUACGGGAUGGUGCCAUGGCGCGGCCGUCGGGAGACGCGCAGCGCCAGGAGCCCGAGCAACCGCCGCUGCCGCUGCUCUCCUACCAGCACGUGCCCGUGCAUCUGGCCGGCGGCGCGCCCUGGGGCUUCACCCUCGAGGGCGGGCUGGAGCACGGCAAGCCCCUCGUCGUCUCCAAGGUAGAGGAUGGCGGGAAGGCAUCCUUGUCACAGAAUAUGUGUCCUGGGGACGAGCUGGUGAACAUCAACGGGACGCCCUUGUAUGGUUCUCGGCAGGAGGCCCUCAUCCUCAUCAAGGGCUCCUACCGCACCCUCAAAAUGAUCGUCCGGAGGUGAGAGCUUCGUGGGGCUCCCUUUGGUCUCACAUUCUGUCAUCCUUCUCCUCUUCCUCCCUUGUUAAAGUUAUGGACUCUCCUUCCUUGGAGUUUUUAAAUCAGAGG